AUGAAGGAAAACAAUUAUUACCAUGUGGAUAAAAAGAGCAGGUUAGAAGCUGAGCAAGACAACAUGCUGCAGCAGUACAACAAGCAUCAGGAACCCACGGAACAAGAUCCGCAGAUGCAAGCUUGGACGAGGCAACAGAGACAGUUUCUUCAAUCCAUGUCAUCCUCUCAGAGACCCCCUCUUCCUCAACCUCAUCAGCAACUGCAGCUGAGACGGCGACUACUACAGCAACAGAUCCCUCGUAAUGUGCGUACUUAUGAAGCUAGCGUUUGUUCUCCGAAACUGAUGAUGUUCUUGUAUCACAUAACGCAACGACCUGCUGAUAAUUGCAUUACCUUUUGGAGGAAGUUCGUGGCAGAAUACUUCUCACCUCGUGCAAAGCAAAGGUUGUGCUUUUCUCAGUACAAAGGUGCUGGAAACAUGCUUGGCACGCUUCCACAGGGUAUAUGGAAGUGUACUCUCUGCGGCACCAAGUCUGGAAAAGGAGUUGAGGCGACUUAUGAUGUGCUUGCCAGACUAUUUGAAACCAAAUUUGCUAGUGGCGGCAUCAUUGAUGAGCUCUUAUAUCUGAACGAUCCACAUGAAUACAUAUUUUCCAAUGGAAUGAUGGUGUUAGAAUAUAGGAAAGCUGUUCAGACAACUGUAUACGAGCAGUGUCGUGUUGUUCGUGAGGGACAUCUUCGUGUCACAUUCUCUCAAGAUUUUAAGAUACUGGGUUGGGAGUUUUGUGCUCGGCGUCAUGAAGAGCUUCUUGUCCGCAGACUUAUUGCUCCGCAGGUGAACCAGUUGCUUCAGGUUGCACAAAAAUGCCAGAGCACAAUCUCGGAGAGUGGACCAGAGGGAGUUUCCAAGCAGGAUUUACAAACAAACAGUAACAUGGUCUUGGGAGCAGGAAAGCAGCUGGAAAAUUCCAUGGGAUUAGAGUCUCUGACUCAUCUUGGCUAUCCGAAAAAAUAUGUCAGAGCUCUACAGACAUAUGAAGUUGUCAAGAGCAUGAAAGAUCUGAUGGAUUUCACAUAUAAGCACAAAAUCGGCCCUAUCGAGGGGCGAAAAUGGCUCUCGGAACAGACAGCGACAAAGAGGCUCCAGAGACAGACAAUGCAAGAGAUGAUGCAGGAGUUAGAGAAUAGUAGAGCUAUGAAUAGGUCGCCUCAAGCUCAGAUGGCGUUCAAUCCUGGAAACAACAACUACCCCCAUCAAAUGUCUGGUCGUGGAGCUGUGAAUGGCUCAGCUCCUCAAGCAGCUGCUGCUCUGACCAACGACCAAAGCUUGCUUAUGUGGCUAGAAGAUAUUAAUAACACAUACUUAAAGACGGGAAAACUAGAGGUGUUCACGAGUGAGAGUCCAAGUCCAUAUUUGUCUCAACAGUGGCAGAACUUAGCAACAGGUAGCUCCCCCCAGAUGCAGCAUCGGUCCAUGUAUGGCACUCCCAACACGCUUCAGCAGAAUCAUCCUCAUCAUUUGCAACCUCCACAUUCACAGGGUAACUAUCAGGCGCAGCAGGUGCUUGACCAGAUGUUUGAGGAGAUGUAUGGAAACCCAAGUGUGCAACAGCAACAAGCCUUUUUAGGUCAGAAUGGUAGCAAUAGUAAUGCAGAGAGGAACCCAACUGGCUAUACCUCCAACAUCUCAGGAGGAGUCCAAGUUCCAAGCCGCAACAACAAUAAUCCUCAUUUCUCAGAAGAUGCCACAGAAGUACGUGACGGUUUCUCAGAAGACAACUUCUCCACCGACCAGUGAUAUAUAGGGUAGCUUGUAGAACAGAACAGAGGCGUUUCUACUUUAACGUAACAAAAAGUGAAAGUUGGGUUUUAGGCUUAAUUCUUCUCAUACAGGUUGGUUUUGUUGUUCUUUGUAUAGAAACCAAAGUGAUAUGAGGCUAUAGGCACUUUAGUAUCUUCAUUUUUCCCCUUCUAGUGACACUACAACAGUUGUAUAUUCAUCAGUCAAAAGGGUCAGAAUAUGC